AUGGCUAGUCCAUUUCAGCAAACAUAUGAUGGGAGAGUUCUUCUACCGGAUCCGAAUAGCCAGGAUGGCCCGAAGCCGGUUUCAUUCAAGACGAAUGUGAACCGGAUGAAGACGAAACGUUGGGUUGAGGCUAAGAAGAUUUCCUACGAUGGGGACGAUUGGGGUGACGAUGAAUAUGGUGAAUACGAUCAUGAUGACGAUGAAGAAGUAGGAUCUCCCCCUGUACCAUCUCAUAUGUCAGUGGGAACGUCUUCAUCUUUACCUGCUGUCCCACGGCGUCCCCAUGGGUUUGACCGUUCCAUGACAAUGGACGCGGUUGGAUCUGUCCAACGGCCUUCUCCUGCAGCUCGCAGUCAAACAUCUGACGGCAGGUUAAUCGAUCCCUCGCAUGUUCCGUUUGUACGCCCGGCAGACAUAUAUAAGAGAAUGCUCGAAGAGAAGCAGAAACAACAAACUUCGGAAGCCACUGAGCUGAGCUUCGAACCACCACAUCUCCGCACUUCUGAUCCUGUAGCCGACACCCAUGCGUCUUCCAAUCUAUACAAUACUGUUGAACCGGUCUCUGCAGAGCAGUCAACGUCACCGUUUGAGCGGAAGGAUCAUGCAGCAUAUGGGGAUUCGGAGACCAAGCCAUUACCCACCGCCAGCGAGACUCUCACCAGUAGCCCACAACACCAGGAGGAUAUCCUGGGAGAUUCUCAGGAGACUUCACUAGAGCACAAUCCUUCCCUCGGAUUCCGCUCGGUCGUUCAUCAAGCCUUUGACGUUCCGGAAACACCAAGUACCACAGUCGAAACUCUGGGGCGAUCAGACAGCGACAGUACUAUAGGUGUGAGUCCUAUAAUGAGCAGGGGUGGCCCAGACGAAGCUAAGACACCUACCAUAAUGGAGGAGCUCGGCGAAACUGUGUCUACGUCUGAGAAUGGUACAGACCAAAAUUUCGCUUUCAAGCCCGGCCAUCGUCGAGACUUAAGCCUUCCUGGCUCGGAGAAUAGCGCUUCAAGGAAGCCAGAGAUUCAUGGUGGGGACAGUGACCCAAUUCCACAGUCAGCGCUGGCGGAACUAUCUUCUGUGUCCCCUUCAGAACCCCUUGAGCACAAUCCACAGCAUCCGGAGAUAGAAUCGUUACAGGACGUUCCCCAAGAAGCCCCCCUACAACCCCGUUCUGGUUCACCAAAGCAUGAUUUUCCCCCGCCUCUUCGCCUCAGCAACAUCCCUACUCCAAACACUGGACAGCUAUCUGCCGGCAACUUACCUACCAUCGUCUCAACGGCGAGCACCGAAACCUCUCCGCAGGCCACAGACAAUGAUCGACUGAGGGAAGAAAUUAUCCUUUCGUUAAGCCGGGAAAACAGUCCAGCAAGGGACUCAGAGCAGCAGUAUAAUGAGUCUCAGUUGCGGACUGCUGAUGGGAACACGCUCUCGCCGGAUGACUAUUCCAGGUAUUCGACCAGUCACCCUGGGCCCUCUCCUGGCACCCUCGAGGAGCAGGUAUUGGCAGCCGGUGAGGACGUCUAUUCCCCUAUUGAAGCAGAGAAAAAAGUUUCGCAACCUAAGUUGAAGAGACGUUUUUCUUGGGAAUCGUCAAGUUCAGAGGAUUUGGCCGCUCCAAACCAAGAAUACUCUCUUUACCAAACUUCUUCAGCAGACCUGCAGGCUCAUGAAAUCGCGCCAAUGGAUUCUGGGUUUGACACGGAUUUAGUGGUGAGAGACGCUACUGUGACAUCUCCGCUUACCCAAAAUCCGGGUGGCAAUGAUCACAACGUUGAGGGCGAGGAACCCGCUUCACCUUUGUCCAUGGAAGACAACGUUGCUCAUACAUCACUGCCUCUUCAUCCUGAACCGCUGGAGCCUGUAGAAAAUGCUCCGGCCCCCGAGAUUCCCAGUGAAGAACCUAAGGAUCAACAAACGCAACUUCCAUCACUACCACCACCGCCAGCGACCGACCUACCCCUUUUAGGGUUCCGUGAUAUUCUCGGCAUCAAGUCCUCCCAGGAGCGGAUCCGUGCUUUCGAUCGAACUAGAUACCAGUUUGCUUCUAUCAACACCGGCCUUGAUGAAUGGGUUGAAGCUAUUAUUCUGACGCAUCCGGAAUAUUCAGAUAUUGUGGAACAGAAUCAGCAAUUUGCGAGUGUCCAUCAGAAGCAGUUUUCGUCCAAAGCCAAAUUUCCUAAGCUGACGUCUCUGGGCAACUUGGCAUCUCACUUAGACAGUUCCUUGCCCGGUUCUGGUUCUCAUAAGCGGCCUUCCGGACAACUUGGUUCUCAACGCGGCUCUCAGCGAGGUAAGGAGUUCCUGCAUACAGCGGGGCUUUUAGGUGGUAAGGCUGGUGGUGCCGCCAAAGAACUAUUUGCUAAGGGCAGGAGUAAACUUCGCAACGCGGGAACAGAUAAGGUAGAUCCUUGA